GUUUGAUGAGUAACAAAAGUAUUUCUAUUUUUUCUUAUGUUUUAAAUACUUUAGACGAUUCGAAGUUUCUGAAGGCAGUCGACUCGGACAAGUGUAGCUUUUUGCUUGCCUGGAGUCCAGUGUUUAGUCAAAGGCUUUACAUUUCUUGUGUAGGACGUACUCUUUCGCAUAAUCUAGUGGUGAAGCGAAGAAAAUUUUCAGUUUCUUGUAUGAAAACGUCUGAAUCUGGUGACAGAAGCUCCUUUUACAAGCGUCCUAGUAAGGCACUGAGACGUGGUGGUGGUUUCUUUGUUCCUGGUUUAGAAGGUCCAGUACUGGAACGUGUAAUAGGUGGAAUACUUUUGUUUGCUUUUUUGAUGAAUAGUUUCACUAUAGAAGAUUGGACCUUAAGUUUGAAGUUAUCUUUGUCGAGUGGUAUUUUGGCAAUCUUCUUGUGGUUGUAUUUACAGUUUCGUCAUAAACCUGUUGAGUCAUCGACGGCGAGGAAAGUGACGCGGACAGUUCCGACGAAAACUCUUCGCAAGGCACCAAAUAUCUCGUUUUCCUCUUCAAUGGAAAACGAACUGAAUUCUUUACUAGAAGUACUUGAUACCUUUUAUAGGGUUGAAUAUUUGGCUAUUUACAGAGAAGUUGAACCUCAUACUACUGUGCCCGUAUACCUCACUGUUGGUAUUCUUGUCGAGGACUUAGUCAAGUUGCUUUACAAGAAUGUAGACAAAGCUUUACAUUUUUCUACUUCGCCUCCCUGGCAACCUGAGCUGCUCUGUUUUCUUCCAAACGACUUAACGACCGAUGCUGUCAGCUUAUGGCUAUAUCCUUUUAUCUGUCCAUCAGUUGAUAAGCUAUUUACUGUUGUAGUCUGUUAUGAAGGAACUCAGAGACUGUCGCCAGAGAAUGGGAAGUGGCUUAUAGGGUGGAUAAAGAAUCGAUUGAUUCCUUAUUUGGACUCUUUCCAAUCUUCUGGAAAUUUUUGAAGACAUCAUGAUUUCUGUUGUUG